AUGGAUCGAUUAUCAGACUCGGUUGAAUUCGAAGACAAGCCCUGUGACUACUGUUCCAAAAACGUGUGCAAGCCACUGCAGCCCGGCGAGCUGGGAUUUAUUCCGUUCGCAGAGCUGGUGGUUGCACAUACCAAAGGUGUACCAGAUCUUCCAGCUAUAAUGGGACCUAAUAAUAAAGCCAUCCCCACAGUACCAAAUGACCAUUUGAAAUACCGGGUGGACUAUAAUGGUCCGGAUGACCCGCUGAAUCCGCUCAAUUGGUCGAGGUUUCAGCGAAUUUUCCAUAUUGCUAUGGUCUGCUAUGCUGGGAUGGUGGUCAUGUGGGGAAUGACUGUUUGGGCAUCAGUGGAAAAAUUCCUUAAGCCCAUUUACCAUCUGUCUUGGUCUGUCUGUGGCUUGGGUUUGGCUUUAUAUAUCAUGGGAUUGAUGGCCGGGCCUGGUGUGUGGAUCCCGUUAUCUCAACUUCAUGGUCGACGUCCAAUGUUAGUUUAUUCGAUGCUGGGUGCGACGGUGUUUACAUGGUGGACCUCAACUGCUCAGUACUAUUAUCAGUUCAUGAUUUAUCGGUUUUUUACCGGUGCCUUUGGUGCCGGUGCACUCAGCAUUUCAGUGGACGUUUUCAAAGACCUAUCUACCCGACGUAGUGUUGUGGAUACUUCCAUCAGUGUCUAUACCAUUAUGAGCUUUGGCGCGCCCGUUCUUGCACCAUGGGUCUCUGACUGCGUUGGAUUCUCAUUCUUGGGUUGGAGAUGGAUGUUCACCCUGCAAGGCAUCAUGAUGUCGAGCAGCUUCGUGCUACUCCUCCUUUUCUUUAGAGAAACUUCUAGCCCAGUCGUGCUCCAAAGUAAAGCCAGGUACUUGCGAAUUCGCACUGGUAAUCGGUUUAUAUAUUCAGCCCAUGAUCACACUUUCCUAGACUUGAGUCUGGUCAUUCACAACUUUUUUGCUGGCCCGAUUAAGUUUUUAACUGCCGAUCCAAUUCUAGCUGUCGUGUCCAUUUACCAAGGAUUCCUGUUUGCGUUGCUGUAUUUGACCAUGGAAGGUAUUCCUUUGACCUUCUUGAGAUAUGGAUGGAAUGGACCUUUGACGGCUAUUUGCUCUCUUUCGAUGUUUAUUGGAAUGGUUAUAGCAUCUGCUGUUCAAAUCUUUAUCACGAAUCCACAGUAUCGGCGCUAUGCCAAGGAGAUUGAUGUUCCUGAAAGCCCCCCUUUGAGGCUCUGGACUAUGCUUCCUGGUGCCAUUGUGUUGCCAAUCUCUCUUUUCUGGUGGUUCUGGACUGGAUUUUAUCUAGUCCACUGGAUAUGCCCUACCAUUGCCAUGGCAUUCACUGGAUUUGGUUUGGUCACAGCCUAUGCACCAGCUCUGAACUUCGUUUACGUGAGUUAUAACAUUAGUCCUGAAGUCGCAUUGUCAGCCAACUCAAUUACACGAGCUCUCAUGAUGGGCAUGUGCCCGUUCUUCGUUAAAGCAAUGUACUUCACUCUGGGUAUGGAAUGGGCAGGAACUCUGCUGGGCUGCUUGGCCACAGUGUUAGGUGCACUACCAUACAUUGUAUUCUGGGUGAUUCCUCUCUGGGGCCACCCUGCCAAGGACGAAACUCACAAGGAAUACAGAAAAGGCCGUUGGGAAAAGAUUCUCCACAACCAAAUCAUCAAGCAAGCUCUUACGAAAAUCGAUUCGCAUGACGACUAA